CUGAACACCCAACAUGGAAAACAAAACUAGAAACUGAUCUUGUGAUCUAAACUAUACCAAAGUGAUAUUAUGUUCAAAUUGUUGAUGUUCUGUCAUAUCGCCUUCAUACUAUGCCUCUGCGCAAAACUGUGCUUUGCAGGCGAUAGUGAUAACCUCCAAGAUAUAUGUCCAACAGGUACUUCCCCUAAACAAACCAUCUUCAUAAAUGGCUUUCCCUGCAAAAACCCGACAAACAUCACAGCUUCUGAUUUUAAAAGCUCAUUGCUAAAUCACAAAGGCGACACUGAUAAUUUUCUGCAGUCAUCAACUAAUAUUGUCACUGCCUCAGAAUAUCCUGGCCUUAACACCUUAGGGUUAUCUGUGGCUAGAAUUGACUUGGAUAUUGAUGGUCUUGUUAUGCCACACUCUCAUCCAAGGGCGUCAGAGAUAUUUUUUGUCAGCAAAGGUAUUGUUGUUGCUGGAUUUAUUGAUACAAACAAUCAGCUGUUCCAGGGGAUUCUUCGGGAAGGCGAUGUGUUUGUGAUCCCAAGGGGCUUGCUUCAUUACUACUUAAAUGGUGGUUUUGAGCCUGCUACUAUUAUUGCCGUGUUAAACAGUCAGAGUCCAGGAGUUGUGAGCAUUGCUGAUGCAAUGUUUACACCUAAUGAUUUAGAAGCCAUGGAAAGAAUUAAAAGGAGUGUAAUUUCAAAGUCUCUAUUGGACUUGGAUCAUGCUGAAAAUGCGAAUCUGUCUCAAAUUUAGCAGUUCUGAAGCUGGUUUUAUUUUGAUUCUGUUCCUGUUGACAUGAAAAGACUUGAUUGCUUUGAUUGAAUAGCAUAAAUAGUGGAUUGGGAAAUUUAUUUGUUUUUUGUGGAAUGAAGUUAUGUAAAUUGUGAAAAUCGAAGGCUGCUGCUGCUGUUGGACUGCAGGUCUGUUUGUUUGUUGGAGAAAUUGUUGCUAAUUACAUUUGUGAAUAUAAACUAUGUCGAACA